CUAGAACCUUCCAUCAUCUCCUAGAACUUGAUCAACAAGCAGUCCCCCUCCUCCCCAAACCCUCACAUUGUAAACCAUCAGCAGUCGUCCUCUUCCCCCAAACCCUAAACGCAAUAGCUCCAGUGUUCUCAGAGACCCAAAUGGCGAGGCGUUUGAUCCCUACUCUCAACCGCGUCCUGAUCGAGAAAAUCAUCCCGCCCUCCAAAACCACCGCCGGCAUUCUUCUCCCCGAGUCCUCCACCAAGCUAAACUCAGGGAAGGUGGUAGCUGUGGGACCAGGAGCCAAGGACAAGGCCGGGAAUCUGAUUCCGGUGGCCGUGAAAGAAGGCGAUACCGUUCUCUUGCCCGAGUAUGGAGGCACUGAGGUGAAGCUUGGUGACAAAGCGUUCCAUUUAUACAGGGACGAGGACAUCUUGGGCACUCUCCACGAUUGAGUCAUCGGAACACGAGGGUCAGACGUAGCUGAUGAAACAGUGGACCGGGAAGUUCUUAAUCUAAUGGGAUGUUAGUUUUCUUUUUGAUGAACUAAUUUGAAGCAUCUUUAUCUGUUUAUUUUACCAUCUUCCGUUUGGAUUGGAUUUUUGGCACUGGAAAUUAUGAGCUAAAUUUCGUUUCGAAAAUGGUAGAGACAAUUGUAUCAUCUUUGUUGGAUAUUAGUGAACUUUCCAUUGCUUCCAAA